GCACACUCACAUACAAACACACCUAAAAGUGCAAGCAGUGGAAAAACUGUAGCUCUGCAUCCCGGAAAAGACCCUCCACAUCCUGUCAGACAGAGUCAGGCACCAUGAUCAAACGCAAACUGAACUUAAAGUGGUUUGGUAGUCUCAACAACCUGCGACGAAAGUCAGAUACCCAAAAGGAUGAAGGACCUGAUCCGCUGUCAGUUAAAGAGGUGUCGACUGACGACAUGGGGAUGCAUCCAAGGAACCCGAGCUAUGCCACUUCCAGUGAAAUGUACACCCACAUGGGCACCAUGCCACGUCACCAGAAAAAGGACAGAGGUUUGAAGAAGAGCAAGUCCAAGGACAAGGCCGACCUGGGUCGGCGCCAGAGCUUAAGACCUUCACAGGACUAUGUAGUUGAUUCACCCCUUCUAAGUAUGCUUUCUGGGAAGGGCUUGGAAGCCCUGGAGAAGCCCAUCAUGGAGGACAAAGCAGCUAUGCAGACAAGAGAUAAAAGAGACAUUCAGAAUCGUGAGCUUCCUCUUCCACCAACUAUGAAUGGAGGCUCAACAGAGCAAGGAACUGCAGAUAAGGACCUGGUACUUGAGUCUAUACAUCAUGUUGAUCAGGCAGCUCCAUGUCUACAAACUUCAGAUGAUUUGCCACCAGAUCUAAGUCUGACCAAAGAGUUAAAGGUUCAGCCAGUGCUGCCUAUGAAGAGACACAAAGGAAACAACUCCAUGAAAGGUUCAGAGAAGCCCCAUUUGGACAGUAACUUGAUUAAUUUGCCUCUGAAGUUUGUCAGUCACACAGAGCAGAAUAAAGAGCCAGAGGCUAAUAUGGGAUCAGGCUGUAAACAAGACAAAAAAGAGGAGAAGGAACACAACAGACAGCUGGACACCACAGAUGUCCAAGAAGAAUAUGUAGAGUUCUCCAAGGAGAAGUACCUCCUGGAGUCACCCCCAGAGAAACUCAAGAAAGAGCUGGAGGAGGAACUCAAGCUCAGUAGCAGUGACAUGAGGAGCCACGGCUGGUACCAUGGCCAUAUUCCACGAGAGGUCUCUGAAACUGUGGUCCAACGUAGCGGCGACUUCCUUGUCCGGGACUCCCUGUCCAAUGUGGGCGACUACAUCCUGACGUGUCGCUGGCAGCAGGAAGUGAUUCACUGUCGGAUCAGUAAAGUCCUGGUGAAGAGCGGGCAGAGUAAAAUCCAGUACAUGCUAGAACAUGAGAGCUUUGACUCUGUGCCCACGCUGGUCAGGCACCACGCUGGCACGGGUCGAUCCGUGUGCCCACGUACUGGCGCACAGCUACUGUGUCCGGUCAACAGAACGCUGCCGCUGAGAUACCUGGAGGCGACGUUUGCGUUAGCAGGUGGAAGACCAGGAUCCGCAUAUUCACCAUCGACCCAGAGGGGGGCCCACAUCAAGAGACGGAGCGUUACUAUGACUGAUGGACUCACAACAGAGAAGCUUAUUCCUCACAGCCCUUCUACUGUGCACCAUAAGGAUGCAAUGAGGAACUGUGCCAUGAGCAUGGAUCAGAUUCAAGAGUACCGCUACCCACUGUCCCCGGUGGGGGAGACUCCCCUGUCCCCUGCCUACAGCUCCAUCUCCCGCCACAGACAUGGCUCCGGUGGGCGUGUCCUCGCCGUAAUCCCACCUUCCCCCGUUUUGCGACGCUCUAGCGAUCCCCAUCUCUCACCCUCAUCCUCCAAUAACAACCUUCCCUGCUCGGACAUGCCCCCUAGCACCCACUCAAUGCCUGCCCACGGUUACCCCUCGGAGAGUUCAGAGCCUGGUGGCAGCUACUGUGAACUGAGACCCGGACAAGCCCCCCCACCACCCUGCAAGAGCUACGUGGAGAGGCUGAGGGUGGAAGAGGGCCAAAGCCUGGGUUCUGGAGCUCAGGACGGGGUGGAGGGCUUCAUGCUGCCCCUGGUGGAGGCCAGCUCCUCUUUCAAACCUGGCAAGUACCAGUCAAUUCUUCUGCCAGCAGAGAAUAAACCACUGGAGAUGAGCGUGUUGAAGAGAGUGAAGGAGCUGCUGGCAGAGGUGGAUCCCAAGACAGCUGCCAAACACAUCACCAAGGCAGACUGCAUGGUCGCUAGGAUUCUGGGCGUUACCAAGGAGAUGCAAAGGAUGAUGGGAGUGAGCUCAGGGCUGGAAUUGCUGACUCUUCCGCAUGGACAUCAGCUGAGGCUGGAUCUACUGGAGAGGUUUUACACCAUGUCAAUAAUGAUGGCGGUGGAUUUGCUGGGCUGUACAGGGAGCACAGAGGAGAGAGCCACCCUCCUGCAUAAAACCAUCCAACUAGCUGCUGAACUCAAGAGCAAUAUGGGCAACAUGUAUGGAUUUGCAGCAGUCAUGAGAGCCCUGGAGCUACCGCAGAUCGCACGGCUGGAGCAGACAUGGAUAACGUUGCGACAGAGACACACAGAAGGGGCCAUCCUCUAUGAGAAGAAACUCAAGCCAUUCCUGAAAGCCAUGAAUGAUGGCAAAGAGACAUGUGUGCUGUCCAACACGUCCUUCCCUCACGUGGUGCCGGUGUUGUCUUUGCUGGAGCGUGGUGUGGCGGCUGGGGAGGUGCUGGAGUCCUGGGAGAGUGUGGAGUCUGGGGUGGACGUGGUCAUGAGUCACCUGGAAGCAGCACGCACAAUUGCUCACCACGGAGGACUUUAUCACACCAACGCUGAGGGAAAAUUACAUGAUUUCCAGGAGCGCAAGGAGGUGCUGGAAAUCUUCUGUACAGAGUUUCAGAUGAGGCUUCUAUGGGGCAGUCGAGGUUCGGAAGGCAACCAGUCCGAGCGCUAUGAGAAGUUUGACAAGGUCCUCACCGCUCUUUCACACAAGCUAGAACCUCCCAUACGACACAGUGAAUUAUAGCACCCACCCUGAUCACCCCUGCACUCACAAAUGGUAUGAUCCCUCACCUCUCUGUCGCUUCCACAACUGGACUGGAUUAUUAUGGGGGGCUUUUUUGGGGUGGGGAGGGGGGGCUGUACGGCAGAAAUAGAGAAUAUGACAAUGACCGAAUGACUCACUUUUCAAAACAAGGCACAAAAUGGGAGAGGCUUUAUGCGAGCAUGAUAGCGCCCCCUAUAUAAAACAGAUGUGAACUGCAGCAAUUGAAUGAAAUAAAAACCUAAAGCCAAAAUCUUCUUCAUUGGUUGGACAAAGAAUCCAAGGAAACAUAUUGUGAUGAAGGGUCUCAGCACUUCUUUUUCAAAAAGAAAGGAUGUGAUGAAGUGCAAGUUGACUCAAACUAGAAUGGGACUGAAUCCUGUUUACUGUGAAUCGACGAUUUUUUCGCCAUCAGCUUUUAUGUCAAUGAGAGCAAAUACAUCUCCCAUACAGGUUGUUUGCUCAGAGAGGAGUUAUGAUUUACUGCUGGAAUUGACUGAACACACUCACUUGUCAAAUGUCUGAAUGUAUGUUGCCAAAAUGUGAAUUUAAACAGAUACCUGCUGGAUGCAGUCUUAUUUUUUUGCUAAUUUCUGAGGCAAAUUCACUACUGUGGUUUUUGAUGCUUUUAUGGCUUUGUAAGUAGACAGUUACUGUGAGGAAUUGGGUCUUGAUUUUGUAAGUAGUGUCUUUCAGACAUUCACACUCUCUACAGGUUUGACAGCAUCACUCCUCAGAGCGCUUUGGUGUCUGUAUGUUUUAGAGAAAGAGUGUAACAUGAUUUUUCUUUUUCUCUAUUUCUGUCAUUCUGUUGUAUAUUGUUUUUUUAUUAUUAUUAUAUUUUAUUUAAAGACCCCAUGAAAUCAAAAUUUAAGUAUAUUCGCUUUAAGGCCAUUUAUAUGCUAGUGAUCUCUUAAAAGUUGACUAAAUGAACUUUUGGCAAAUAUAUGUAAAAUUUACAGACCAAAAAUAUUGAUUACUCAUCUGGUUUGCCGGAGCAUAAACUUUUGUGGUCUCUGAAAAAAAGAAUGUCACCUACCCCUAAAUUAUACUGUAAGUACAACCAGCCACCGACUAGUUCACACCUGUGACGAGCCCUUCAAUGUGUCCCUCCCAAAUUUCUGUUCGUCAAUUGAAAAUACGUCAAUACAGGAAAGAAAGCUGCUUGUCAAACCAUUUCAUGGAGUCUUUAAUGUAUUUCGUCAUAGAGCAUUUUUGUCAUUACGACCAUAGCUUUUCGUUUUUUUGCUGUCUUUUAAACACAUAUUCUCAAUGAGAGAUCACAAUGAAUGUCAGUUUGUAUGAAAUCAUACAAGAGCCCCAUGUAGACAAAUUUUGAGCAUUUUCCAACCCUAUUCUAACCCUAUUCUGGAAUUAAUAUACUCCAGGUUGAAGUUUAUAAAUGAACAGUCGAAAUGAGCAAUCUAAACUAGUCAUGCACCAUGCUUACUCCAUGUCAUCAUCAAUUUAGUAGAGACAUUUUCUUUUUAAAGGAAUGUUUUGGGUUCAAUUCAAGCCGAAUUAGCUGCAUAUGUGGCAUGAUGUUCCACAAAAAAUAAUGUCAACAUGUUCCUCCUUUAAAAACAUUUUUAAAAACAAUAAAAAUUUUUUAAAAAAACAGCAAAUAUCAUGGUAACAGGGAGGCACUUAAAAUGAAAGUGAAUGGGGCAAGUCCACAAACGUUAAUAUUGUUUAUAAAGUAGGGCUGUCGAUUUAACACAUUAAUUCAGUGCGAUUAAUUUUAUAAAAAAAAUAAUGUGUCAUGAAUUAAAAAAUAACAUCAUUUAUCAUGUCCCCAGACAGUAAAAAGGAAUAUUCUUACCAUCAGAGCAAUUCACUCUUGAAGUACCACCAAUUUUCUCCAGGGGGCAGUAAGCAAAACUUGCUGUAUAGGCAACGUGCAGCUUAUACAGAGAACAAACCACACUCACCAACAACAGACAGCACAAGAUGAAGACGGGCAUUCUUGCGCUCAAAAACAGCUUGAUAGAGCGCAUAUUCGAAUGCAGGGAUCUCAAGUUGUUUUCUAAGUUUCAAACUAUGUUUAACAACUUGACACAACGAACUAAAAAUGGAAUGUUUAUGAUGCGAUGCAACCAAAGCAAGACACUACAAAAGCAUCCGUCUGACCCAUGUGUACAUUGGCACAUCCUUAGAAAGUCCCUCUUAAUAAAACUGCAAAAUGGAUUGCUCUGAACUGUAGGUCAAUGAUUGGCUUAUAGUAAUGUGGAAAUAAACAAUAUAUUGGAUUCUAAGCAUUCUUAUCAGUGCUUUACUCGUCUGCCACAAUAAUGUAAUGCAUUUGAACUAUUUAUUAUUGUAUAUAUAUAUAUAUAUGGAUUUAAUUAUUUUCUGUAAGAAUUAACAUUAUGCCACAUAUACUCUUAAUUGAGCAUUACCUGUUUUGAACCUGGAACCUUCCUUUAAAGUUUUUCGUUUUUCCGCCUAUUACAUUGAAAGAACGAAACAUUCUAAAUAAUGUUACGCAAUAAUUUAUAUCGCAAC